UUGCUAUUUUUGUACUCCGGAGUAGCGUAACGAAUUUAUUUAAGCGUACUGACUCCGUUACGAAUAAUAAACAACUAGAGCCGUUAACGUACAUAUAUCGUACAUGAUUUAGGCUGGAUCUGAAAUAACUUUAACGACUCCGUACAGUUACACUGUGACUUCGUGAACAAAAUGGAUUUAGACAGAGAUACAUCUAACACCGACGAAUGUCUCGAGACUGCACUACAAAUAUUUGACUUCUGCGGUGCCAAGAGUACCGGUACUUUACAUGUGGGUGCACUCAUGGAUAAAUUUGCUCCUUCCGUGAAGACUAACAAUGCUGAAUUUAGCUACCUGAAAACACUACUGGACCCUAACCAAAGCAAUCCGGAGAUAAGUGUGCCUCAACUGGCCAGUGCCCUGAAUGCCUUCACUGACAGUCAGAAGACUAAGCUAGAUCUUGAUGAAAGUUUCAACUUGAAAAGCGGGAUGGGGCCACAGGACUCAGAUUCCGGUAUUUCUAAUGAUGGCUACGUAAUCCUCGAAGAGUUACAAGCUGAGUUGCGCGAGAAAACCCACCUGGCGACCAAACUCCGCGGCCAACUCGACUUCGCCGACCGCCAACACGAGGAAGCGUUGGCCGCGCUCAGCGCCGAGCGGGACUCGCUGCGCUCACAUCUUAACAUGCUCCGUGAAGAAAACAUGACAUUAACCCACGAGCGACGCGAUUACGAGGAAGCGUGCGAGCGACUAUGCAGUAGCGAGCAGGCGCUAGCCUUAGCGAAGCGUGAGCGAGACACGGCUCAGCGGCGAGCGACUACUGCCUUAGAGCAAGCUGCUACUUUGGAGGCCGAGAAACUAACCCUACAAGAGUUGCUAAGCAAGUCCAAGGAAGAAUGCCACCGCAUCAACGAGAUGUACGCAUCACGACAAGCUUCUCUUCUAGAACAGAACGAGCUACUAAAGAGGGAGAGAGCAGAGCUGGCAACCAGACUUCAAGACCAGGAGGAUCUAGUGCAACAAAUGCUGAAAGAGAAGGUGAUCCUAGAGAUGGAACUGAAGGAUGUCCUGAACCGCUCUAACCAGACACAGCUCCGUCUCGAUCGCUCCAUCGAUGUCAGCUACACCGAGGACCAGAUGCUGACCGCUCUCGACAGCCUCAACGUGGACAGCCGGUUCUCCCCAGAUAAUCAUGUGUUAGAAGAAGAAGCUUUCAUUAAAGCGCUUAAAGACCAAGAGCUCGGUCGCGCCUCCAACCUAUCGCUCUUCGACGAGAUUCGACUCAGCUUUUGCAAUAUAACCAGAACCCCUGACGCCUCUGGCAACGUGUCCAAAUCACAACUAUUCGAAUUCAAUGAUAGCAACAACUUAGACACGUCGAAUACAGGCACUCAAACUGACGAACUUAAGGAAAUAACUAAUAAUAACGAAUGUGACUGCACUAAAACAUGUUUCCAAUGUGAAAAGCUACAAAAUGAUUUAGUUAAUGUGCAAAAUGAUUUAAAAACGGCUAAUAACAAUGUGUCACUCAUGCAAACAGAACUCAUUGAGUGCGAAAAAGAUUUCAAGGAAUUACAAAAGCGACUUGAUAUUAAAAUCGAUAAAAUGACCUCUGAAACACAAACAGAUGACCCAAUAUGUAGUAAUUGUAAGGAGAAAACGAUAGAAUGUAAUAAUUUGAAGGACUCGCGUGCUAAAUUAAGAAUAGACCUUAAGAAGACUCAACAUAAGGGUUCAAACACAGAAAAGGAGUUGAUUAAAGCUCAGUUAAGCUUGAAAACGUUACAGAAUUACAUAGACAAUUUGAAAGUCGAUCUCUGUGACGUUGGUACACAGAUAAAUUAUAGUGAUGUUCCAUUGCAAAUUGUAACUCUUGAUAACAAUAACAUUGAAGCUUGCGAUGACUGCACAAAGCAAUGCUUAAACUGUGACAAACUACAAGAAUACACAGCUAAAUUAGAAUACGACAUAGCGCAAGCAAAUACCAAUGUAGCUAACAUGCAACUGGACUUAGAUACAUACGAAAACACAUUGAAUGGCUUACAAAAUUAUUUAGACGAAGGCGUGAACAGGAAUGACUUUUUAGAGACAAUGUCGCAGAAUUUACAAGCCAAGCUGGAAGUGUUGGAAACAGCUUGUAUCGCUCAGAAGGAGAAAAUUGAGAGUAUGACAUGUGAGAUGUCGUGUAUCGAAAGCCAGACUGACUAUGACGUGGCGUCAGUUGGCACGCAGGCGGAGGUGCCGUGCGCGGCGUGCGAGACAAGGACGGCUGUCGCGCCGCAGCGCAGUAUAAGGAGACUUUUGUGGGAGUCCCUCAAAUGCCUGUUCCAAGCCUUCGCCGUGCUCUGCUUCAUAUUCGCGCUCUCCUCACUGUAUGGAGUCACGCGUCGGCGCGGCUGCGGCGAGCGAGAGCUGCCGUGGAGGUGGCUCGAUGCGCAGGAGUUCAUGGAUCUGUUGCUGAGGAUAGAGUAUGUUGCUGAUGUGCCCAUGUGAGCUGUAAUGUGUAAAACAGGCUAGGUAAUAAAUUGGCAAAAACUGUCGAUUUUGAUCAUUGAAAUAGUGACCUUGACAUAAAAAAAAUAUAUAUAUUCAAAUUCCCACGCACGGAUCCGUGUCUAAGCACACGAGACUAAAAAUUAAUAAAGAAAAUAAAAUUUCCUCAAAUGCCUGUUCCAGUUUUUCGCCGUUUUAUGCUUCAUUUUCAUUCUCUUCUUUCUAUGGAGUCAUAUAGGCAAAGACAGCAAGCAUUUGUAGGUAUAUAAUUUAGGGAGCAAGUACAGUCCAUUUUUCAUAAUGUAACCCUAAUAUAGCGUUCCAUAUUAUUUUAGCUCGACCUCUUUUGCGACCUAUAUUUUUCUAGUGACCACGAAUCUUCCUAAUAGUUUUAUAAAAGAGAAACUGUAAGCUGAGUCAUUUGUCAAUAGAACUUAUUCUCCCUGAUAGUUCUGAUUAUCUUACUAUUAUCUUUCUGCUUGAUAAUAAUUCAUUAUAAUUUGGCGUGGCAUCUUUGUCAGGCGACAAUUGUAGGCGGAUUUAUCCGUCAUACAAGUCAAGCAUUUUAAAUUGACAAAGUUGGUUUGCCAGAGUAUAAAGUAGGGUCGAAACUAUGUACUAUAUUGCUAAAGGUAUAUAAUGAUGAUCUGACAUCAAAACAGCUUAAUGUUCAAAACAUCUGAAUAUUAUAAGAUUCAUAAAAAUAGUCUUAGAUUUAGUAUUAAUUAAAAUAAUGAAACAUUAAUUGCAAUACGACUGUUCCUAAUAACAUUUUAUACAAUGAUAAUAAUUAAUAUACCCCAGGAGGGAUCAUACCGAUUUUGAUUUAAUUUAAAUAUUUCGAAUAAUUAGUUUUAUCCAAGUCCAAUGACAUAGUGAAAUAAAAUAUGUAUGUGGACAUCAAACCAUAAGGUCUGUUAAGAAAGAGAUUCACGGAAUAAAAUGGAAACGCUGAUACUUCUCUUUCCGUACAGAGUUUACCUUUAGUUAUAUUUGUGACAUUAUCUGGGUAAAGAGACCUUAUUGUCGAUGGCGCUCACGGCGUUAUGAGCGAUGUUCGUGUACAAAUACGACGCCGCGGGACGUAAGCGCCAUCGAAAAUAAGGUCCCUUUACCCAGAUAACGUCGUAUCUUAAUUAUUUUAAAAUUUGACUUUUAAUAAUUUAUCUCGAAUGUAUCUUGAUUUUAUGUUUGUGACAACACAAACAUAAAAUCAAGAUACAUUCGAGAAUACAUGCAUACAAAUGCAUGAUUUAUUUUAAUUUUGCAUGCCUCUUGUAAAAUAAGAUUAUUUAUCGAGGCAAUUAUCUACUAAUAUUUUCUUAUAUUGUUUUAUAUGUUUGUUUUUAAUUACUUCAUCUAUAUAGGUAUCUAUUCUGUUUAUUCAAAAUCUCAAAAGUAUGUCUCAAAUCCCGUAAUUGACUUAGAUAAAGAUGUAGCUGUGAUAAAUCUGUGCCAGUAAAUAUAGAAUGCAACAAAAUUGACCACUUUUUGAACAAUACAUUUAUUAAAAAUGCAAUUUUAGCAUUAUGGUCUGAGAUUGGUAAAUACAUAGUUUUAUUUAGCAUUAAUCUUAGUUUAGGAAAAACUGCCAAAUAUGUAACGCGAAGAAUUUAAGCUUAAUAUUGAAUUUAUAAUAUUAAUUUGAAAUUAAGAAUUAGCAUAUGUAACCUCUAAAAUUAUCUGAAAUCCAAAAAUAUCCGUUUAUAACUUUACACUCGAAUAGAUUUCCACAAAAACUUGAUUGACAGUAUUUUAAUGCCUACCUUUAUUUCUCAUAUAACUAUGUUGUAUAACUUAUUUACAUAAUUAUAUAAGAAACUAAGACUAAACUUAAAAGCUAGCUAAUGUCUAAAAUAGGCCCUUGAGGCAUUGUACCAAGGAUACUGGCGACAUUUCCUCGCUGUAUCGCAAUGCU